AUGGCCGCCCUGACAAUUCACAGCACCUUGGGUGCCGUUUUGGUAGGGUUUGCGCUCGCGUGUGGAGUCUACGGCAUCCUUGCUGCCCAAUUUUUCAUUGGUCACCUUGUGUAUUUCUACGGCAUCACCAAUUACGCCAACCCUACUGUCCUAGCGCAAGGGACAACAACAUGGUCCUUCAUCCUUCAGUUGACCGUAGGCGCUAUGGUUGGCACCAUCGUAAAAACUUACUUCGGCAUUCGAGUAUGGCGAUUCAGCGAUAGAAAUAUCUGGAUUACAGGGUUAAUCAUGCUUUUGACUUUUGGCCAACUAGGCCUUGCAUUGGCUUUUUCCAUUGAAGCAUUCAAAUUACCGAGCGUUUUCGCUGUUCAUGAUCUCCAGACACUUGGUACGGUAUCUCUAGGAGUGGGAGUCGUAACAGACAUUGUGACAGCUGGAGCGCUAUGCUUAUACUUGAACCGAUUAAGAACCGGCCUGAAAUCAUCAGACAGCUUGGUGGACAAUCUGUGCAGUUACGCCAUUAACACCGGCGUCUUAACCAGACUGAAUACUCGACGGACUGUCCGAGGACGCGGGACGGAUAAGCAAGGCGAAACGUCAAACCAUACGAAUCUAUUUGCUCUAGGAACGCGUAUGCCGAGCAUGGGCCCUAACGAUCUCGAGCAAUGGGAUAAGAUCAUGGGCCAAAUGCUAGGCCACGACAAUCCAACGAAGGCUUUCCAGCGGUAG